UGAUAAAGGUCGCAACAUGCGACCUUUAAGCCGUGUCACAGUAGUGACGUGGCACGCCUAUGUGUCAUAGAUGUAUUAGGAAACUAAAAUAUUUAGAUUAUAUAACCUAUUAUACAUGCCAUAAAAAAGGUAGGAAAAUCUUAAUAUUCUAAUUUACAAAUUUAAUAAUAUAAUUUUUUAUUUCAGAAAAACAAUUCUAAUUUAUAUAGGAAAUUAGAAAAAAAUACUUUUAAUUAUUUAUAUGAUAUAUGAAAUUAAAAUUAAAAUUACAUUUACUAAUUUAUAUUUAGAAAAUAAAAAAUACAAUACAUUAGAAAAUAAAAAUCAGGUAAAGGAGAAAGGUGGGGUUUUAGUCUUUCGGUUUGUUUCAACCUUCAAUUUCCUGCACUGCGAUACCACACUGCGAUACCACAGAGCUCUCCUCAGUCCUCCCCCAAACGGAAAAAAAAAAAAAAAAAAAAACAAAAUUCUUCUUCAAUGGGCGACCAUGGUCUGCAAUUAAGCCAGAUGGCUUCUCAAGAACCUGAAGAUCUUGAGCUUGUCGAAGUACCUAAGGUGGGCAUGUCGUUCCCGUCAAUUGAAGAUGCAUUUGAUAUGGUACAAAAGUAUGCGUUUUCUGUGGGUUUUGGAUUUGUGAAAUUUUCUCAUUCAACCAAUAAAGCGGGAAUUUGUGUUUAUCAUAAGUUUGCUUGUCACAAGGGAGGGACGAGGAAGGAAAGAAAUUACAAGAGGGAAAGGAAAAGACCAGUGGCGAGAACUAAUUGUCCGGCUAAAGUUAAUCUUGCACAAAGAGAGGGUGGUCGAUGGAAAAUUACACAAGUGAAUGUGGAACACAAUCAUGACAUGGAUCCAAGAAAUUCUCGGUUCUUAAAUGCGCAUAGGACUGUGCCAUCACUUUUAAAAAGAAGAUUCGAGAUGUUUGAUGCAACUGGUGUUAAGAUGAGCAAAGUCAUUAGAGCAGUAACUGCAGAAGCUGGUGGGCCAGAGAACAUGCCUUGUCUACCUAGAGAUUGUCGUAAUUAUGUUGAUAAAGCUCGGAGGGAAAGAUUUGGAGGAGUUGAUGCUGAAGCUCUUUAUAUCCUUUUUACAAGGAUGCAGAAGGUUAGUCGAGAUUUUUAUUUUGAAAUUGAUGCUACUGUAGAUGGUAGGAUGAAAAAUGUGUUUUGGAUUGAUGAUAGGAGUCGUGCAGCUUAUAAGGAAUUUAAUGAUGUAGUAACUUUUGACACCACAUAUUUGUUAAACAAAUAUAAAAUGCCAUUUGCCCCAUUUGUUGGAGUAAACCACCAUGGUCAUUCCAUAUUAUUAGGGUGUGCUUUGAUUAGCAAUGAAGAAGCUAAAACAUUUGAAUGGUUGUUCAAAACUUGGUUACAAGCAAUGGGUGGAAAAGCACCCGAAGCCAUAAUAACAGACCAAUGCCCUAGUAUAGGAAAGGGAAUUAGUAUCGUAUUCCCACAUGCUAGGCAUAGGUGGUGUUUGUGGCAUAUUCUUGUAAAGUUUCCUGAAAAAUGUGGGGGAUUUAAGAAGUAUGACGAAUUGAGAAAGGCAUUUUUGGAUGUAGUAUAUGAGAACCUGAUUGUGGAUGAGUUUGAAAAUAAAUGGGCUCAAAUGAUAAAAGAUUUUAAGUUGGAAGAAAAUAAUUGGUUUCAAACUUUGUAUGAAGGAAGAGAGAAAUGGGUACCUGUUUUUUUAAAAGAUAAAUUUUGGGCGGGAAUGUCUUCCUCACAGCGAAGUGAGAGUAUGAAUGCAUACUUUGAUGGGUAUGUACAUAGCAAAACACCACUAAAAUCAUUUGUGGAGCAGUAUGAAAUGGCAUUGGGUGACAAAAUUGAGAAGGAAAUAUUCGCUGAUGCUCAAUGCAUGAAUGCAGAUAUUCGAUGUAUGACUACGUUUGAAAUGGAGAAACAGUUCCAGAAAGCGUACACCCAUAAUUUGUUUAAGAAGGUACAAGAUGAGCUUAUGGCAAUGGUGUAUUGUGAAGCAGAUUUAGCAAUUGAAGAUAGUCUUGUAUUUGAAUACAAGGUGACAGAAAGAAAUGAUAUAGGUGGAGGAAAAGUGAUAAUGAAGGAUUACAAGGUAUUAUUUGAUAGUUCUACCAUGGAGGUUAAUUGCAUAUGUAGAUUGUUUGAUUGGAAGGGCUUUUUAUGUAGACAUGCUUUUAAGGUUCUAUUCAAGAGAAACUUGACACUAGUACAUGAAAGGUACAUAUUAAGACGAUGGAGGAAAGAUGUCGAAAGGGAACACGGUAACAUCAAACUUCUUGGAAUUGGAGGUAAAUGGACAAGCGAGAUGGAGAGAUCAAAGCGUAUAGAGAGUAAAUUCUAUUCCAUCAUUGAUAAUGUGAUUGACUCAAUUCAAAAGUGUCACUAUGUAGAAAAUGUGAUAGAGAAUGUAUCAAAAGAUUUAUUAGAUGGUACAUGGAUAAAAUCUCUAAGCGGAGAAAUAGUAGAUAAUCAAGAUACUCCCAAUGUUGAAAAUGUUGACAAGGAUGUUGAAGAUCAUUCCCCAAUUAAGUAUAGUAAUCCAGAUGUCGUCCGUACAAAAGGUCGUGAAAAGAGUAAAGCUCGUAGGUCACUAGGUGAAACUCUAAGGAGGGGAAAGAAGAAGGAUAACCAAGCAUCUGAUGAAGAUGGUGAACCUCUAAAGAGGGGAAGGAAGAAGAAAAACCAAGCAUCUGGUGAAGAACCUCUGGCUCCCAAACCAUCGAGACCUAUGAAAAAGAGAGCCAAAAAAAACAAUUCAACUGUCGAUAAUGAGGUACUUAACUCAUUGUUAGCUUCUCCAUCCUCAAAUGAAGAAGGCGGUUUUAGAGCAGAACCACCUGCAACAUUGGGUAGAAAAUCAAUGAAAAAUAAAGCCAAGAAAAACAAUUCAACUCUCCAUAAUAAGCCCACACAUGAGAAGGGUCAGAAGUCAGCGAGAGAGGGAGAGCUCGGCAAGGGAAAACGUACUAAGAUUCCGACGGCAAAAUUGAGAGAGCAGAUAUUUAAGUUGUGAUGUUGAAGCUGACACCAUAUAUUUUCUUUUGUCUGUGAUACCAGGAAAAUCUAGGCAUGAUUCGUACUGUGUAAAAUUCCUUUGAGCCCAUGAUCUAUGAUUGCAAUUUACUUACAAAAUUCUUUUCAUGCUUAAUAGACUUUAGUUUGUAAUUUCAGAUUUCCCUUCCAAAGUUUGUAUCUGUUCGCAAUUGGCUAUUGAAAGGGUUUUUGCUUCA